AUGGGUAAGAAAUCAAAGAGAAAAGCCGCCCAACUCGUCGACAAAACCCUUACCGUCCUAGGAGCCGACCCAGUCCUCGACACCACCGAAAAGUCCUCCUCCAGCGAGCACAACGAUGUGGUUCAGCAGCCAGACAAGUUCGAAGAGGGUGUACCCGUGACAACCGCGGUCGCAAAACUCGAGACUGCUACUUCCACACAAAGCGAUAGCAGUCUCAAGCGCUCCAAGCCUCAUGAGGAUGACGACGAAGGAGAAUGGCAGGUCGUUUCGCGAGCUUCAAAGAAGCUCAAGAAGAUUCCCAAGCCAGGCAAGAAUUAUCCCACGAUUACCUUUUCGCCCAACGCGCGGCUCCAAUCAAAGAUCAACAUCACCCAAUUACGAGAUCUGGUAACUUAUAUCUUCGCCGACGGUUCUGGUCCCCAGUGGGUUGGCGUUACCCACCGUCCUGCCUUUCGAAAGAUUGUGGCUAUCAUGAUACCCGGUGUUGAGGAAGCUAUGUUCAAGCACACAGUCGACUUCGACAGGUACAACGAUAUUGCAAAGGGAAACAACACUAUUGCCACAUCGCCCGACGACUAUUAUCCCAGGGAGUUGAAGGAAGAGCGUUUACCAACAGCACUGCAGCCUUUCGCAAAAAUGUUUACACACUUGUGGCCUGUCAAGACUCCAGGCGAUGACCGUCAUGGAAAGAUGCAUUCACCGCUGGCCGCCUUUCUGACCGCCCCUGCUCCUAAGGAAAAGAGUGGGCAGAAGAAAGGUCCCAAGCCAGCAUUCGAGCCCCAAGGGUGGAAGAAUGAGAGGACAUCCAUCGCCGAGUUUCUUUGCACUGUCGACGACCUAAGUGACAAUGGCUAUCUAGUCCACCCAGCUAUGCUGGAAGGUGCCGCCAAAGACAAAUUCGUCCUUCCUCCUGGCUGGGUGAUCACCAAUGUAGAUAAGUUUGAAGACGGAGAACCCCCCAAGGGCGAGGUCCAAAAGGGUAGUGUUACGGCCGGACGAGACGUCUUGGCUCUGGAUUGCGAGAUGUGCAUGACAGGGGAAAACGAAUUCUCCUUGACGCGAAUCAGCGUAAUCGAUUGGGUCGGCGAAGUGGUACUUGACGAGCUUGUCAAGCCUGAUAAGCCCAUCAUUGACUAUGUCACCCAAUUUUCGGGCAUCACAGAAGAGAUGCUCGCACCUGUUACAACUACGCUACACGAUAUCCAGCAGAAGCUCCUCGAGUUGUUGACCCCCCGCACAAUCUUAAUAGGACACUCUCUAGAGUCAGACACCAAGGCUCUUCGCAUCUCCCAUCCUUUCAUCAUCGACACCUCCAUUAUCUACCCUCAUCCUCGCGGACCUCCUCUCAAGUCUUCUUUGAAAUGGCUCGCACAAAAAUACUUGUCCAAGGAAAUUCAAAAAGGCGGCGCAAACGGUCAUGACAGCAUUGAGGACGCCAAAACAUGCCUCGAUCUUGUUAAGCAAAAAUGUGAAAAGGGAAAAACCUGGGGCACAUCCGACUCCCAAGGAGAGAAUCUGUUCCGUCGUCUUGCACGGGCUGGAACCGCAUACAAGGCUCAAGGGGGCGCUGCGGGAGGCCUUGAAGUGGGCAAGACAAGCGCCGCUAUUGAUUGGGGUGACCCAUCCAAGGGCGCAGGAGCCGGCGCGACAUAUCAGCUUGGCUGCAAGAACGACGAGGAUGUGACCAACAAUGUGAUCCGUGCCGUGCAAGGAGACCCGGACGGCCUCGAAAUCCGUGGCGGCGGCGUCGACUUUGUUUGGGCGAGGAUGCGUGAGCUUGAGGCCCUCCAAGGCUGGUGGAACCGCAACCGCGUCGAAAACACAAACAGUGACGGCGGCCCCCCCGAAGAGUCCGAGGAAUCCUCAGGCAAAUCCCAGCUCGAGCAGGCGUUGGUCCGUUUCACAGAGCGCAUUCAACGCAUCUAUGAUGCCUUGCCGCCCUGCACGGCCUUCAUGCUGUACAGCGGUUCAGGCGACCCGCGCGAAAUGUCUCGCCUGCAGAAGGUGCACGCGCAGUGGCGCAAGGAGUACAAUACCCCUGGUAAGAACUGGAACGACCUCAGCGUCAAAUGGACAGACGUCGAGGACCAAGAGCUCAAGGAAGCGGCGAGAAGGGCCCGAUCAGGUAUUGGUUUUAUCACAGUGAAAUGA